UUAUUCUCCUCACCGUAACCAUUUUCUCUGUUUGUUCUUCGUUAUUGCAAUUCAGGUUUUCUAGUUUUCGUUCUCAAAGCGAUUUCAUAACAAACUUCAAGAUGCAGAACGAUGAAGGACAAAUCACUGAGCUCUAUAUUCCUAGGAAGUGUUCUGCUACAAACAGAUUGAUUACUGCUAAGGAUCAUGCUUCAGUUCAGAUCAACAUAGGUCAUUUGGAUGAGAGCGGUGUUUACAAUGGCACCUUCUCCACUUUUGCUCUCUGCGGUUUCACUCGUGCUCAGGGAGAUGCUGACAGUGGUAUUGAUCGCCUGUGGCAGAAAAAGAAAACCGAACUUAAGCAAUAGAUGGCAUGAUCCUUGUAAUGUGUUAUUUAUUUUUUUGACAGAUUAAUGUGUUGAGUUCAACUCUAGAGAUAUUGGAUUAUUUUAAUCUAUGUAUUGCAAUACUUUGUUUUGAAUUUCAUCUGAUACCAUCAAAGCAUUCAACCAAGUUGAUGUAGUUGUUUUGCUCA